ACCACACUCAGUUUGUGCAACAACAUGAAGGUUCUCGUAGUUUUGGUUCUGGCUCUGGCCUCCGCCUCCGCUGGGCUCCUGCCCAAGGUAGCUCCUCUGCAUCCUCGUGACAGGGUCUCGAGCCCAUCGAUCACCGGUCGCAUCACCAACGGCAAGGUCGCCGUGGCUGACCAGUUCCCCUACCAGGUGGGACUAGCCUUCACCAGCACCGCUGGCAGUUGGUGGUGCGGUGGUUCCGUCAUCGGCGCCACCUGGAUUUUGACUGCUGCUCACUGUACCGACGGAGCUUCCAGUGUCACCAUCAACUACGGUGCCACCGUCCGCACCAGCCCCAAGUUCACCCAGACUGUGGCCAGCAAGAACUUCAUCCAGCACGAAAGCUACCUGGCUCUGACCAUCCGCAACGACAUCUCCCUGAUCAAGACCGACCCCAUCGCCUUCUCUGCCGCCGUCAACGCGAUCGCUCUGCCCGCGGAAAGCAGCACCUACUCCACCUACGUUGGAAAGACCGCCGUUGCCUCCGGUUGGGGCCUGACCUCCGACUCUGCCACCGCCGUGGCCAAGGAUCUGCAGUACGUCGACCUCACCGUUAUUGAGAAGUCCGUGUGCCAGAACACCUACGGAUCCAUGAUCGUCACCGACCGCGUCAUCUGCGUUGACACCACCAGCAAGGCCUCCACCUGCCAGGGAGACUCCGGCGGCCCAUUGGCUCUGGAGGGAAUCCUCAUCGGUGCCACCUCCUUCGGAUCCUCCAGCGGAUGCGAGGCUGGUCUCCCCGCUGCCUUCACCAAUGUGUCCUACUUCCGUAACUGGAUCAAGACCAACGCCGGUAUCUAAGCUUUGAGAAAAUAUAUAAGCUGCAAACUGCUUUGAAAAUUUAA